CGCCGCCAUGGGGUCCCCUUUCGCCCGUGCCAGCCUCAAAAGUGCCAAGCUGGAGAGCGCCACGUUCCUGGGGCGGCGGGAGCGGCGCGUGCGCUUCCACAUCCGGCGCAUGGUGAAAACUCAGGCCUUCUACUGGACCGUGCUCAGUCUGGUAGCGCUCAACACCCUGUGUGUUGCUAUCGUUCACUACGACCAGCCAGAUUGGCUUUCCGACUUCCUCUACUAUGCAGAAUUCAUUUUCUUGGGACUCUUUAUGUCCGAAAUGUUUAUAAAAAUGUACGGGCUGGGGACGCGGCCUUACUUCCACUCGUCCUUCAACUGCUUCGACUGUGCC